GCUGCCGGCAUGCUCCAAUAGCACAUUCGUCUCUCUUUCUAACGACCAUCGCCCACGACCAGCAUGCGCGCCUCAAUUCUCUUUGCCCUCGUCUUUGCGCCUCUCGCUGCGUACACACAGAGCAAUUCUGGGUCUGCCAGUGCUGCCAGUGCCUCCGUGACCACAUCCUUCUCCGCCUCCCUGUCGUUCGACAACAGCCGUCAACCACAUACCGUCUCCGUAGCCAUCCCAAUCACCGUCACCCCCGCCUCAUCCGCCGCCCCAUCUAGCGCCAGCGGCUCACAAUCGUCAGGAAACUCAUCUGCCAGUGCAAGUGGUAGUUCUGGCACCGCGUCCUCUUCGAAAUCAACAUCUACUGGACCCUUACCCACUGCACCAACAAACAUAGAUGGCGGUGGGAAUGGUCCAAACGGUGCACCGAGCCCUGGAGCGACAGGUUCGGGCGGAGUGUACGGCCCCGACGACAGCUACAUUGCUGCUGCACUGCCACUGCAGCGGAACGCUAUGAUAGUCAGCCUGGUGGGCGUAGUAUUUGGAGGCGUCCUUGCACUGGUGUAGGCUGAGGCAUGCUGUGGGACAUUGGGGGGCAUGAUGUUACUCUUACAGUCAAUAUUUGAUGGACGGACAGUUGUUUUGGUUUUUCUCGGACUUGAUAUCAUGCCCUUGUGCGAUCUUGGGGUUGGACCGGUGCGAUUGACUUCGUACAUUUCACCUAUUCCACCGCAUUAUAGCUCGGUGUCAUUUGAAUAUCUGGUUUCUUAGCAUACCACCUCGCACUAUAUUAUUCUCACCAUAUCGCAUCACAUCGCGUUUGCUAUUGAUCGGCU